GUGCAAAUGAAGUUCGAAAAGGGGGCUAUAUAAAUCCGAACUCCUUGAAAAGCCAAAGUUCUCAAGUUAGCUUAACUUCUCGAGGAAUCUCUGAUCGACAGGAGCUGGUAUUCGAUAGAUAUCAAGGAGUAGUUUCGAAACAAGAAACGAACAAAGAGAAACAAAUAACAUUGCCAGCGCGCAAAAGCAAUAUUGAAAGUUACUUAGGAAACUUCGAGGGUAAGAAAGAAAGUUAUUUGAUAGAUCACAGUGACUCUGACCUUCACCGGUUUCAUUUUAACGAAAAGUUAUGGUUUAGAAACAGACUUGCAAUGUUUCCUUACUCCCGAACCCCCGUGCAAAAAUACGUGUCCAAUGAGAACACUUAUAGAAAAUAUGGAGAGUUCAGAGUGCCAGUUAUAACACCAGAUCCACCAUAUAUCCCAACACGACCUCAGUCCAGCGCGGAAAACAAAGCAAAGGCCAAUAAACAAGGAAAAUACCCCCCUAACCCCGACAACACUUUGCAAAACAAGGUCGCAACGACACUCGCCCCGCCGCUCGCCCCGCGCCAUAGCCGGUCAUCACGCGAAGCCAGAGCUGCACAAGGGCGCUUCUCCGGGGGCCGUGACCGUCACUUAGGCUCUAACGGCGGUGGAUGCGAGGACAAGGAAAACAGCAGGCGCAAUCAGGAAGGAAAAAGGCAGGCGGGCGUGGGAGGGCGUCGCGUCCACGUGGUGGAGUCCGUGCUCACGGUGCUCGUCAAGGACAUCAAUGACAACCCGCCUGUUUUCCCCAACGCCACCAUGUUCGGGGAAGUGCAGGAGAAUGGACCUAUUGACCUUUCAGUGUGUGUUGUAUCUGCCUGGGAUCCAGAUGAUGUGUCUGAGGGUAUGAAUGCCAAAUUUACAUACUCUAUUGAGAAGAACGUGCUACACGAACGCUCUGGCGAGGCUAUUUUUGCUAUCCACGCGGAGACGGGUCUUGUGCGAACGGCGCUGUGCUGCCUGGAUCGGGAAAGCACACCCGAGUACCGUAUACAGGUGGUCGCUACUGACGGUGGAGCACUGAAAGGCACAGGUACUGUGGUGGUGCGACUAACAGACGUGAACGACAAUUCCCCCCGCCUGACACGACAGCUGUGGCAGGUGGAGGUAAAUGAAACGUGGGGUUCGGGUCCGCAGAGUAAUGCCACGCUCCUCGAGAUCACUGCUGAUGACCCAGACACGGCUAAUUAUUUCCUUUAUCGGAUCGUUGAAAAGAGUGGCUGGGGUUGGGAGCACUUUGCAAUAAGGACAAAAGGAUCCGUGGGUUAUUUAUACGCCAGAAGACACUCGAUUUCGAAAAUGCUACUCAUAAGGAAGGGUUCGAGUUUAUGGUCCAAGUUACCGAUAAAACUGCAGAUAACAGCUUACACGAAUGAGGGCAAGCAGCAGGUAGAGUACCGACUGGAAGACAACUUCGGCGCCCUGAACGUUGACGCAAAGGGAAACCUCGGCUUGUCGAGUCCUUUGGAUCGCGAGAAUUUCGACGGCGGAAAAGCAGUGGUCAAGGUGAUCGGCGUUGACCAAGGGUUACCGCAUCCUCUGUCAUCCACGGCGACUGUCACGAUUUCAAUUAAUGAUGAGAAUGAUUGUCCUCCUCAUGUUGUUGAUACGGUCUUCCACGUGACGGAGGAGAGACAGUCUACACUCUUAGGUGUCUUGAAGGCGUUUGAUCAAGAUGACUGGGAACUUGGCCACGGACCUCCGUUUUCCUUCGCUCUCGCUUCCUCGAAUCCGCCCGAAGUUUUGAACCUCUUUAACAUCAAAUUCGAUGCUGAUUUGGACAGCGGUCGCGGCGGUGCAGAAUUGUGGACGACGGGACCCAUAGACCGGGAAGUACGAAAGCAGCUGCAGGUGGUUGUACGAGUAACGGAUGCACAGGGCUUGGCAGAUACAACGAAUAUAACCGUUGUAGUAGAUGACAUUAACGACAACCCUAUGUCACCUGCUACUAAAUCUGUUUACCUUUGGAGGCCCGAGGGAGGAACAACAGACAUCCCUUUAGGUCGAGUUUACGUAGACGACCGGGACGAUUGCGACCUUAACGACAAGACAUUCCAGUGGGUCACUUCCCCUCACCCUCACUUCAACCUCAACCAUCAUUCUGGCGAGAUUUUUGCUUCAAGUCAAGUCAGGGAGGGAAGAUACACCUUGAGAUUUUCCGUGACCGACACCCUGUGGGGAAGUGUCUCCACGAAUGUCAGUGUGUACGUGCGAAUACUAACAGAGGAGUCGAUUCGCCAUGCCAAGCCCCUGCUGCUGAACCCAAUCACGGCCACUGCGCUCAUUGAGGGAUGGAAACCGGAUAGUGGUGGAGGUGUGUUGGGGAAACUAGUCCACAGUGUCUCGAAGAUCGUUGGCGAAUUCACCCACACGGUGGAUAUUGUGAGUGUCUCUGAUUAUCGCCAACAAAUUCGGCUAAACUCCCACACAACUGUUGGAGAUACCACGGACAAGGUGAAAGGUUUCUCCGUCUCAAGUCAGAUUAAUCACCAUCGCCAUCAUCAUCCUAGUCCUAGUCCUAGUCCUACAUCUUGUGUGUGGAUUAGUGUCAGGGAGAACAGUGGAAGAUUCGUGGACCCUGUGAAGCUGCAUGGCCUUAUCGGACUUCAGAUAUGGAGAGUAUCGGAGAUAACGAAAUUGAGAGUAAUUAUGGAUGAAUUUGAAAAUGUCGAGGAGUCCUGGCGAGCCGAGAACUCAUCCAUUCUGCCCGUCAGCCACAACGACCUCGGGGAAUCCUCUUCCGUGGCUUCCCUUGCGUCGACUGCACUUCCGUUGCAGGUGGUGGACAUUAAUUCCACCUCACUGGUUACUCCGCGUCUCACUCGCAACAACAACUGCAACAUUUACGAGCCCGAAUAUUGCACAAGUUCCAGCACCUGUCUCAACGGUGGGAUAUGUCCUAAAGCACCAACACCCAAUAGGUGCAUUUGUCCAGGUGAAUCAUGGGGUUCAAGGUGCAAAAUCCUCGCCCGCACCUUCUUCGGGAGAGGAUGGACAUGGGUACGUCCACUUCCUUCCUGUUUACCCACCACGAUAUCCCUCCGUAUCCUAACUCGUCAGCAGGAAGGCCUUGUUCUGUAUUCAGGGCCUCUGUCUUCCAAACCUCAGACGCCAGACACUUCGUCAACAAUUAUGGUGAUGCAAGUUUGGCAAGGAAGACCUCAGUUAUUGCUGCAGGGUCGAGGUGGACCUCUGAAAGUAGAACUGAACACGACGAUCAGUAAUGGAUAUUGGCAUACCAUACGCAUUCAUAUACGGUCGAAGGGUGUGAUGCUGAUUCUGGACCCAUGUACAAGGAAUGUACAAAACUCUGGCCAAGAGGAUACACGCUGUCUGGCUCGAGGUACAUGGAAGAACAGAAGUGCCCAAGCAGUCCGCCCUUCGUUAGGUCAUGGCAUCUUGCAGUUGGGUGGAAGAGCAAGCACGCCCCUCCGUUUAGCUGACCACGGAUGGACUGUGGAACCUACUUCACGCUCUCUAGACGGCUGUAUUUCGCACCUCAGAAUCAACGGUCAGCUGGUAGACCUAGGAGAACCGGCCCACAGUGAGGGCAGUGAGAGCGGCUGCAGGUCACAGGAAAGGGCUUGCCGUCGGGUCAUGACUACCUGCAGAGAACACGGGCGUUGCGAGGGCGGGGUUGAACAGCCAGAGUGUGAAUGUGACCCCGGGAGGUCAGGAUUCGGUUGCCAGGUGGCCACAGUGCCUACAACUCUGAGAACGUCAUCCUACGUGAGGAUAGCCCUGUCGUUCAAGCCGCCGCCCCAUCUGUUGACCGUUCAGUUGAGAGUGAGAAUGCAAGGCGCUCAAGCCGGUCAGCUGGUUCUCGUCAAAACUCAUGACGAUGCUAAUGCCUUGUCUAUACAUCUCCGUGCAGGUGUGGCGUGUGCAUCGCUGAGCUACGGUGGGCGUAUAUCAAGGGAGGCAUGUGUGAACAGCCGCCCACUGGAUGACGGAUCGUGGCACUUGGUCAGAGCAGAAUGCCAGAGUUACAGCCUGGCGGUGAGCGUGGAUGACGGCGACGGCUGGAGAAGAAAUGAUUCGGUGCCUGACUUUGAGCGUGAAGGCGUACUGGCACCGAUGCACGUGGGCCGAAUCGAGUCCGUGUACGUUGGAGGAGUACCGGAGUUUACGGGGGUUGGUCUCGUGAGCGUCCGAGAUGAUCUGCGAGACGCCUGUAUAGACGAUCUACGAGUUUCUGGUCGAUCGUUACCGCUCCCGCCUGCCAACAACUUAUCCCCUUGGGGGCAGGUGACAACAGUGCAAAAUGUGGACUCUGGAUGUGUUGCGGCCGACACCUGUUACAACACCAGUUGCCCUGCUCCGCUCACCUGCUCUGCCACCUGGGGAAGAAGUAUAUGCAGUUGUGGGCCGGGGACGCAGUAUGUCGACGAUGCCUGCGAGGACGUGGACGAAUGCCUGUGGAACCCCUGUCUGCAUGGAGGCUCGUGUUCGAACGCAAAGCCUGGAUUUCUCUGUCUAUGCGGACCAAGCCACUCCGGCCAACACUGUCAGUGGACCAACCGAGACUCGGCGGCUCAUCCUUAUACGAUGCAGCUGAUCAUAAUAGCAUUGGCGCUGUCUGUUAUUUUUGUAGUGGUGGUUGGUGUGGUCGUGUCCAUGCGCCUCCGUUACUCCUGGCUUACUCGGUCGAGGCGAAAGCAGUCGAGUGACGAAGCAGAGAGACAGAAGGAGGGGAUAAACGUAGGAGAGAACGAAAAGGACGAAAGGUCAGCCUGUGCGAAGCCCGAACUGCAGCACCAAGCUUCUCUGAAAUGUCUUCUGGUCAGGCUACCCCCGGAGCAGCUUAAUGUGCAUAAUAAAGAGCCCGAAAGCCCACCGCAAGCCGACACUCCUUCAGGAAAGCCGCCUCUGUUCCUUAUACCGAAGGACGACCUCCGAGCCUACGCUUACGAGGGCGAGGGGUCGUUAUCCGGAUCACUCUCGUCGGCUACUUCGUCAAGUCAACGAGGUGAGAAUGGUGACGAAGCUCCGAACAAAGCACUGGUAAAGGGCUUUCUGGAUGUAAUAGACCUUUUAAAAAACUUACCUGAUGCUACAAAGUCACCCAUAUUUGAUACGUCAAGGAAGAACAACUCGUCUUGUUUAUCGGUGCAGGAAAUGGACAAGCAAUUGCAAGAAAUGGACAAGCAACCGCAAGCAAAGGAAAAUAAUCAAUCAGUUGAUAUAGCUUCGGUAACAGCUAUUAGUCACGUGACCAGUGAAUGUGGAAAUAUUUGAUGAGGAUGAAUACAGGAAGCUGUUACUGACAACGUAAC